GCACUGGGUGAUGAUCUCACUUACCCAUGGCCUUCCAACCUGAUAGGCUAGAUAGACUUACGUCAUCAGGAAGUCGUACGUCGAGGGCGGAGUGGAAGAAAGGGCUUUGGAUUUCCGGAAGAGACUUGCACGUGUGCAAGCAGCGGUGAUCGUAGGGAUUCUUUUUCACGUGCCGGAGUCAUGAGCUGUCCUGUUACUUGCGCGGCUUGGGUGCCAAGGGGCGUUGCCAAGGAAACGCCUGAUAAGGUCCAGCUUGACAGGGAAGAGUUAAAGCGUUUGAUCUCUGAGGCCAAGGAAAGAUUACAAGAAGCAACAGAUGCUAGUGAUGAUGAGUACCAUGAAGAGGCUGCGGGUGAUGCCAUGGAUGUUGUGGAGGCACCUGCUCCCGAAGAUGGGGAAGCUGAAAAGCUUGAUGAUGAUGAUGAUGAUGAUGAACUAGCAGAAUAUGAUUUGGAUAAAUAUGACGAGGAAGAUGCUGGUACUGAGAAUCUUGGAAAGACCUUCGCUGGUCUUGCGGUAUACGGAAGCAAUGAAAAUGAUCCUUAUGUUACUAUUAAAGAUACGGAGCAAUAUGAGCAAGAAGACUUUGUGAUUAAACCCAGUGACAAUCUGGUUGUUUGUGGCAGAGUUGACAAGGACCAUUGUAGCCUGGAAGUUCAUGUUUAUAAUCAUGAGGAGGACUCCUUUUAUGUUCACCAUGAUCUCAUCUUAUCAGCAUAUCCUUUAAGUACAGAGUGGCUGAAUUUUGAUCCUAACCCUGAUGAUUCUACAGGAAGCUAUAUAGCUGUGGGUACAAUGAGCCCUGUUAUUGAAGUUUGGGACCUUGACAUAGUAGACUGUUUAGAACCAGUCUUUUCCCUGGGAAGCAAGAAAGCAAAAAAGAAGAAAAAGAAAGGCAAGAAGAGUUUAUCUAAAGAAGAUAAUCAUGUAGGACAUACUGAUGCAGUUCUUGAUCUUUCAUGGAAUAAACAACUCCGAUCCGUGUUAGCAAGUGCAUCAGCUGAUCACUCUGUAAUUCUUUGGGACAUGUCCACAGGCACCCCGGCUGCAGAACUUUCUUUUCACACAGACAAGGUGCAAACGCUGCAGUUUCAUCCCUUUGAAACACAGACACUGGUUUCUGGUUCCUAUGACAAAUCAGCCAUUUUAUAUGACUGCAGAAGUCCACAGGAUAGCCGUAGAAUCUGGCGGUUUAGUGGAGAAGUUGCAAGAGUGACUUGGAAUCAUUUUUCACCUUACCACUUUCUAGCCAGCACAGAAGAUGGAUUUGUGUACUCCAUAGAUGCCCGUUCAGACAAACCCGUUUUCACACUGAAGGCUCAUGAUGAGGAAAUAUCUGGACUACAGUUAAGCAGCCAAAUCAAAGGAUGUCUUGUGACUUCAUCUUCUGACAAAUACGUUAAAAUUUGGGACGUAUUAGGAGACAAACCUAGUUUGGUUCAUUCCAGGGACAUGAAAAUGGGUAUCCUGUUCUGUGCAGCAUGUUGUCCAGAUUUACCAUUCGUCUAUGCCUUUGGGGGUGAGAGGCAAGGGCUACGUAUUUGGGACAUAAGCACCAUUUCUGCAGUGAAUGAUGUUUUUGGAAGCAGACAGAGGCUCGUAGUUGCCCAAUCAAGCACAGAAGCAAAGAAUUCUGCACAGCAGCAAUAACUCAGAAACCAAAAUGGAACCAUGAGGCAAUAGUUGUAUGUGUACAGUCCAAGUGUAUAUGCAGAGCCAUAAAAGAUUGUAGAUACACUGACAUAUGUCUUGGUCAAUGCUAUAUGUUUUUGCUAAUGAGCGGCAGGAAAAAUAUAAGGAUAGUUCGACCUCCUUAAGCAGCUAUUUUCAAGGACUUUCAGCCUGGGUUUGGCACUGUUCUGAAAACUUCCAACAGGUUUGUUUUAGAAUUCCAAAAGAGGUUGUGGAAAGCUGUAAUUUUCAGAGGGAUAUGAUCCUUUGUAACAUGAGACAGCUCAAAGGGGAACAAAAGGUGCUGAUAUACCAAGUGUAUCGUACUCCAUUAUUUAGUACAAAUAAAACUUCAGCCUAAA